CCGCCGGAAAGAUAGCGCAUACGUUGAAAUAUCAGAGGUGGCAAGACCAAAUCCAAGCAGCCGCUUAGCCACGCAACUACCAAUUGUACCAGCUGGAGAUGGGAUGUGAAUGGUUCUAACUUAUUGAGCACUCCAACCCAUGAAAUUGCAUAAGCAAUUAUCAUGGACGUCAAGAUUCUCGCUUGCUCUGGUGGCUUCCAUCGCACUGAUAAUCUUAUAUUGCAAGAUUGGCACCACAUCUAAAGAUACCCAGCUGCAAAGGAGUGCGGGAUCUUCGUCACAACAUCGCCUGUUACAAUGGGUGAAAGCGAACGGAGGCACGGCUGGAGUGGGCAUUGGGACCGUCAAUGACAAGGGCUUGCGCGGGGUGUUUGCCACAAGGAGCUUCAAGGAAGGCGACACGAUCAUAUCCAUCCCGGAUCGACUAGCUGUGGGACUUGCAUCCCAUGACUACACUGCUGCGGAGCUGACAUUUGCACUGCUCCGGCUGCAAUCCCUUAAUUCAGAAUGGUGGGACUUCAUGAAGCCUUACUGGGACAGCCUACCGAAGGAUGGAGAGGUCCUACGGGAGCAGAGUUUCUCAGAUGAUCUGCUGGCCUUGCUGCAAGACAAAGCCUUGGCUGCAGAGGCGAGGAAGGAGCGUGAGUUUGCAGAAGCGCUGUAUCACGGGACAGCGGAGAGGGGUUAUGAGCAGGGCAGCCUAGCACAGGAGAUGCCCAACCUCAAUAUAUCUCUGCAGGAGUUCAAACACCUCAGCACCGUCAUAGGCAGCUACACAUUCGCGUUUUCGAGGAAGGCAGGCGAGGACGUCAUGAUCCGGUACAUGCUGCCGCUGAUGGACAAGAUGAACCACGCAGCGCCGGAGGAGGCGACUGCGCUAGUCAGGCGCGACCACAGCGCAGGGCAAUUCUUGGUCAUCGCCAUCCGGGACAUCCGGGAGGGGGAUGAGGUGAGAUUCACGUAUAAUCUGUCACUGCUGCGAAACGAUGCGAGCCUGUUCAAGUACGGUUUUGUGCAGCAGCAGGACCCCCCGCGGCUGUGCGGGGUGGACCUGCCCGGGGGGUACCUGGGGGGGGUCCAGGAGGGACCCCCCUGGGAGUACUACGCCGGGGGGCGCCUGGCCACCAGGGCUGAGCAUGCCAGGCUGACAAAAUUACUUUCCAGCUUCCCCACAUCAGAAGAGGAAGAUUCUCGCAUACUGAAAAGUCAGAAGGAGCUAGAUCGAUGGGCCAGAACCUUCAUAGAGUUUCGAAUGCUGCGCAAGAGGGCCUUGCAGCACACAAUAAAGAUACUUAAUGACACCCUUUCAGAGCUUUAGUGGGAUCCUAGGGUACGUGGCAGUUGGUUUCAAUUUGGAAACCUUGGUCUGAUUGUUCAUGUUCUGCAAGCAUUGCAAAAACUUUUCACCUGGGAUUCCUCCUUGUUGCAGUAAUACCCAACUGGUGCCAAAUAACCGACACUGCCCUUUCUGACUGAGUGCGCACCUGUAUCCAACUAUUUGAUGUUACUUCUGACAUUCGAAGACAUUGUAAAAUCUUCUCU